CCCCUCUACGCCCCGGCGCUCCGGGCCGGCGGCACAGCCCUGUCCCGAGGGCCCGGCGCCGCGCUGCGGAAGCCGGGAGGCCGCCGAGCCCGGGACCCAGAAGCCCCGGGGUCCCGGUGGGGGCUGCACGCUGCUCCGCAGCCCCGGGGGGUGGGGGACUGUCCGGCCGGGGCGAGCACCCCAGGGAGGGGCCGCCUCUGCGCGCCGCCGCUUGUCGUUCUGGCGGGCUGUGCGCUGCGUCGACGAGGAAGUCGGCCUCCCGGUGGCUUGCUCCGGCCGAUGCGCACGGAGCGAGUUGUCCGUCCGGCCUGGCGUCCGCUGAGGGCCUGAGAGGUGGCCGUUCUGUGCUUCGGGGCUGGCUUGAGCGACUCAGAUCCCCCCGCGGCCCGUGUCUUUUCUCAUACCGGGGGUUCGGGGGUGUGCACUAGCUGCGCCGAGAGCGGCGGUGCCCCUCCCCAGGGUCCCCCGGAGGGAGGUCUGCAGUCCGUGUUCUGUCCUCCCUGUCUCCACAGCCGUGAGCCGAAGUGUGUGAAGUGCAAGGAAGGCCCGCCGGUGGUGGUGAUCCGAGCGGGAGACGCCUUCUGCAGAGCAUCGGCAGUGAUGAGUGUCUCGGAGAAGAGGCUGAGGCUGCGGCAGCUCCUCCUGGGCUCAGAGCUCCCCGUGCGCGUGGGCAGCCACAGCUUCUCUUGUGCCCCGUGCAAGCUUCUGUGUUUUAGGGCCCUUCCCACUCCCUGAUGGGACUGUUUUAGGGCCUUCUACAUCCACAAGUUUAGAGCCGUGCUUGGGAAGAAUCGGUUGAUCUUUCCGGGUGAGAAGGUGCUCCUGGCGUGGUCGGGGGGGGCUUCAUCCAGCUCCAUGGUCUGGCAGGUCCUCGAGGGCCUGAGUCAAGAUUCUGCCAAAAGACUGCGUUUUGUGCCAGGGGUCGUGUAUGUGGAUGAGGGGGCAGCUUGUGGCCGGAGCUGGGAGGACAGAGCAAAAACCCUGACCGACGUGAGGCAGAUCCUGCAGACCCUCGGCUUCCCGUGGCACAUUGUCACCUUGGAAGAGGUGUUUGCCCUGCCGCCGUCUGUGCUGCGCUGCUCUGCCCAGGACCCAGUGGGGACCGUGGGGACCUACAAGGUGGCUGUGGACAGUUUUCUGCAGCAGCAACGUACGCUGGCAGCUGAGGGGCUCAGGGGUAGCCCCAGCUCAGCCCAAGGGGAGGAACAACCGAGUCAGCCCUGCGCCCAGGACUCCCAGGCCCCGGCUGGGCCACCGCCGGCGGCCCAGACCGAGGCUCUGUCCCAGCUCUUUAACUCGGUGAAGACGUUGACGGCCAAAGAGGAGCUUCUGCAGACCCUGCGGACCCACCUGAUCCUGCACAUGGCCCGGACCCAUGGCUACUCCAAGGUGAUGACAGGGGACAGCUGCACACGCUUGGCUAUCAAGCUCAUGACCAGCCUGGCUCUGGGGAGAGGGGCCUUUCUCGCCUGGGACACGGGCUUCUCGGACGAGCGGCACGGCGACGUGGUGGUGGUGCGGCCCAUGCGCGAGCACACGCUGAAGGAGGUGGCCUUCUACAACCGCCUGUUUGCGGUUCCCUCCGUCUGCACGCCCGCCAUCGACACCAAGGCUUCCGAAAAGGCCAGCAUCCACCGGCUGAUGGAGGGCUUCCUGCUCCGGCUACAGGCCCAGUUCCCCUCUACGGUCAGCACCGUGUACAGGCUGCCUUUGGGCCCUGUCUCCCACCCCCUCAGGACCAGUGAGAAGCUGGUCAAGGCCCCGAGGGAUGGCUAUGCCGCUGGCCCCCGCUGCCUGCUCUGUAUGUGCUCGCUGGACGUUGACAGUGCUGAUAGUGCCACAGCUUUUGGGGCUCAGACCCAGGAUUUCUCGCAGACGCCACCCCCCACCCCACGGGCUGAGGCUGUGGCACCUGCAGGGCCCUGCUGUGCUGCGGGCCUGGGCGGGGACCCAAACUGUUGGCAGGGGACCAGGCCCUGCGGGAGGGAGGGUUCCCGAGCCCAUGUCAUCGAGCAGCUGUGCUACGCCUGUCGCGUGACCAUGAAGGACGUGCCAUGUUUGGACCCCCUGCCCCCUUACAUCUUGGCCGAGGCCCAGCUUCGAAGCCAGAGGCCCUCGGCGGAGAUCCAGGAGUGUCUGGUGGAGAACAGUGACGAUGAGGCACCCGCCAGCGGGAGUGGAGCCCGGGGCCCCCCGGAGCAGGAGGGCAAGGAGGCGCGGGCAGCAUGUGAUUGUAUAAAUAAAAACGUCUUUAAUUAGAAAA